AUGUCCUCCUACUCCGUCACAAAGACAGACACCCCCGCCAUCAAGAACGCGCCCCUCAUCGGCCUCGCAGAGAGCAAUGGCUCCUUCAGCAACAUCCACCUCGCCGCCCUCGUCCUCGGCGUGCCCUGGAUCGUCAAGCGGCUGCUACCCGUCGUGAGCCGCGGUGGUUUCAAGACGUAUCUGUUUCUCGUUCUGUUGCUUGGUGUCCCCGUCACCAUCGCAUACUGGACCCUCAUGAGCAUGUACGGCCCGAGGAAGAAUACGAAAAUCGAACUCCCUGGCAGGAGCAUCGAGGAGUAUAUCACGAUCAAGGACGAGGAGCUCAAGGCGAAGUACCACGGCAAGGAGAGAAUCCCCAUGCAGGUCUUCCACGACGCGUUCUUCGACGACAAGAUUGAUUUAAACGGCGACGUUCUCGAGAUCAUGGAGCAACGACAUGACUGGGCCAAGAUGGUCUUUACUCCCGAGCUCUUCAAACACGUCUUCCUCAAAUUUAUUCCUGAUGUACUGUACCACGAGCGCAGUCAGGACGAGGAGCAAGUGCGUGGGCAUUACGACCGUGGCGACGACUUUUACGAAUGGUUCCUUGGACCACGCAUGGUUUACACUUCCGGCAUCAUCGGCAGUCUCGAAGAGGAGGAGACGCUUGAGAAGCUGCAGGACAACAAAUUGACCGUCGUAUGCGAGAAGCUCGAACUCAAGCCGGAGGAUCGUCUCCUCGACGUUGGCUGCGGCUGGGGUACUCUCUGCGCAUUCGCUGCGAAGAACUACGACUGCGCCUCUGUCACUGGUAUCACUCUUGGUCGCAAUCAGACCAAGUUUGGCAACGAGCGCAUUCAGAAGAACGGCGGAGACUCCACGCGUCACAAGGUCUUGUGCCUCGACUACCGCGACAUCCCUGGUGGCAAAGCUGCGUACUCGAAGAUCGUUAGUCUUGAGAUGGCUGAGCACGUCGGCAUCCGGCGUUACCAGGCGUUCCUCCGGCAGAUGUACGACCUGCUCGAGGACGAUGGUGUCUUCCUCCUCCAGGUCGCAGGCUUCCGCCCCCACUGGCAAUACGAAGACCUCAUCUGGGGCUUGUUCAUGAACAAGUACAUUUUCCCUGGCGCCGACGCAUCCUGCUCGCUUGGGUGGGUUGUCAACCAGGUCGAGAAGGCUGGCUUCGAGGUGAAGAACAUCGAUGUGAUCGGCGUGCACUACAGCGCGACGAUCUGGCGGUGGUACAAAAACUGGGUCUCGAACAAGGACAAGGUCGUCGAGAACUACGGCGAGCGCUGGUACAGGAUCUGGGUCUUCUUCCUGGCAUACUCGACUAUCAUCAGCCGUAACGGUGGCGCGGCCGUCUUCCAGCUGACAUUGCACAAGAACCUCAACGCGUACCCGCGCAUCCUCGGCCUCCCUAGUCACAACUCAAUUCACGUCGCGCCCAAGCGCGAAAUCUUGUCGGUUGAGUAAAGGGGCUGCUUCCGUGUUGGUGGGCCCAGGCGGGUUUCUCGGGUAUUGUGGUAUCUACUGCGGGUAGAAAAUUAUAUUAUCGAUACAGCGUCGAGCGUUCCUCGAUGCAGAUGUGUAAUACAUGCGAAUGCGUUACUUGCGAUGAUUCUUUUAU